AUGACUCCCCACCUUCUCCCCUCUGCCAGCAAAGGGCAAAAAGGGCGACCGGGACCAAUUGGAAUUCAAGGUCCCACUGGUCCUCAAGGAUCUGCUGGUCCUAUUGGUUUAUCAGGGUUGAAAGGAGAAAGGGGCUCCCCAGGCUCUCUGGGAACCUAUGGACCAAAAGGAGACAAGGGACCUAUGGGAGUUCCUGGCUUUCUUGGCAUCAAUGGGAUUCCAGGUCACCCUGGACAGCCAGGGCCCAGAGGCCCACCUGGUCUUGAUGGCUAUAACGGAACUCAAGGAGCCAUUGGAUUUCCAGGCUCUGAUGGCUACCCUGGGAUUCUUGGAGCACCUGGUAUCCCUGGUCAGAAAGGCGCUAAAGGUGGUCCUGUUCUUGCUCAAGGUACUCUUAAAGGAGUGAAGGGGAAUCCUGGACUGCAGGGGCUGGAUGGAAAUGUUGGUCCAAAAGGAGCACCCGGAUCUCCAGGAACUAUAGGUCCCAUAGGAUCACCUGGUUUUCAAGGUCCUCCAGGUCCUCCCGGUUUACCUGGUCCUGAUGGGAAUAUGGGGCUAGGUUUCCAAGGAGAGAAAGGAGUCAAGGGUGAUGUGGGCCUCCCUGGACCUGCAGGACCACCACCAUCUAUGGGAGAACUGGAGUUUAUGGGCUUUCCAAAAGGGAAAAAAGGAUCUAAGGGUCAACCAGGACCUCAAGGUUUCCCAGGCAUAGGUGGUCCUCCAGGCCUCCCGGGAUUUGGAACUACCAGUGAAAAGGGAGAAAAGGGACUCCCUGGUUUGCCAGGCUCUAGGGGUCCCAUGGGUUUGGAAGGAGUCCAAGGCCAUCCAGGGAGCCAGGGCAAGAAGGGGGCCUCUGGUUUCCCCGGGAUUAAUGGAUUACCAGGAAUUAAGGGUGACAAAGGUGGCAUUGGCCCACCAGGCCAAGAUAUUUAUAUGGAUAGAGAUGGUGCUGUAAUCUCAGGUCAUCCUGGAGACCCAGGUGUACCAGGUCACCCAGGCCAUAAAGGUGAUGAAGGCUUGCAAGGCCUGCCUGGCCCUUCCGGUACCACUGGCCUCCCACCAAUCUUACCAGGUGUCUCAGGCCUUCUGGGGUCUCAGGGUAUCCGAGGCCUGAAGGGGAACCAAGGAAACCCAGGCCGUACCACAGUUGGAACAACCGGCCCCAAAGGCAAAGUUGGUUUGCCAGGCCUGCCAGGCCUACCAGGCCUACCGGGACCUCCUGGUCCAGCAUUUGAAACUGGACCCCUAAAGAAUGCAGAACCAGGCUUCCCUGGUCUCCGAGGAGAAAGAGGUCUGAAAGGAAACCCAGGCCUCAAAGGAAUAAAAGGGGACUCUGGUUUUUGUGCCUGUGAUGGUGGUGUCCCCAACACUGGACCAACUGGAGAGCCAGGCCUGCCUGGGCCACAAGGUUUCAUAGGUCUUCCAGGACUCAAAGGAACCCGAGGAGAUACAGGCUCUGAAGGUGCAGAGGGCCCAGCUGGGACUCCAGGUUUAUUUGGGUCUCCGGGUCCUGCAGGCCCAAAAGGACAGAAGGGGAACCCGACCUUCAGUACAAGAUCAGGGAUGCCAGGGGAGCAGGGUGAUCGUGGCUCCCAGGGGCGUCCUGGUGAAACAGGAGUCCCAGGCAAGGAUGGAGUACCGGGUUUACCAGGUCUACCAGGACUUCCGGGUGAUGCCAAACAGGGUUUUCCAGGAGAUAAAGGGUUCCCAGGACUUCCAGGUGAAAAAGGUCAUUAUGGUCCAACUGGACUCCCAGGAAUUGGACUCCCAGGGUCUCCUGGACUUCCUGGACUUCCUGGAGAGCAAGGAAAAGAUGGAUUACCAGGACAACAAGGUCUUCCUGGGCUUCCAGGUGACCGCUGCUGCAGGAAGAAAGUUAACGGAGCCAUAGGCACAGAGGGAGGAAUUAUGUUGCCAUGUAUUAUUACUGGGGCAUACGGUCCAUCAGGCCUCCCAGGAGCUCCCGGAGUUCCAGGCUCUAAAGGGGCCCGUGGCUACCCUGGGACUCCCGGCCAGCCUGGAUUGCAUGGCACUAAAGGAGAGCCAGGAAGUCAUGGGUUAGUCCAUCUCCCUGAAUUGCCAGGAUUUCCUGGACCUCGUGGGGAAAAGGGCUUGCCUGGGUUUCCUGGGCUCCCUGGAAAAGAUGGCUUGCCUGGGAAGGUUGGCAAUCCAGGUUUAUCUGGUUCCAAGGGAACCCCUGGUGACAUCUUUGAUGCUGAAAAUGGUGCUCCGGGAGAGCAAGGCCUCCAGGGAUUGCCAGGGGACAGAGGAUUUCCUGGAGACUCUGGCCUUCGAGGACCCAAGGGUUUGCUGGGGAAGUCGGGCUUGCUGGGUGCCAAAGGUGAACGUGGUAACCCUGGAUCACCAGGACACUCAGGCCCCACAGGUCCGCCAGGGCCUGGUGGCCUACCUGGCAUCAAGGGGAAGCCUGGUCUCCCAGGAACUACAGGUUUUCCCGGCGUGUCAGGAUAUCCUGGGAAGAAAGGCUCCAGAGGUGAGGCAGGUCUCCCGGGGUCAACUGGAAAGAGAGGUCUGCCUGGACUCAAAGGCCUUCCUGGAUCUCAAGGGAUAGUAGGGUUCCCGGGGAGCUCAGGCAUGUCAGGAGACACAGGAUUGCCAGGCCUCCCGGGCCCAAAGGGCGAGAAGGGCUCCACUGGACUGAUAGGUUUUCCAGGGAUACCGGGUCUCCCUGGUAUUCCUGGUGCUACUGGACUGAAGGGAGUCUCUGGGUCAACAGGAAGAAUUGGAACAUCUGGAUCUACUGGUAGUCCUGGUGAAAAAGGAGACAGAGGUGAUCCGGGGCCAGUAGGAGAACCCAGCCCAAGACCUCCCAUGCUGAAUCUUUGGUUCAAAGGAGACAAAGGCUCCCGGGGCUCAACAGGAUCAAACGGAUUUUCAGGACCCAGAGGCGACAAAGGAGAGGCUGGCCACCCUGGACCACCAGGCCGCCCUGGAGCUACUGGAUUCCCCAACACUAUCAAAGGACUUGUUGGAAGGCCAGGUCCCCCUGGCUCCCUGGGACUACUGGGCUUGCCUGGACUGAAGGGGGCCACUGGGAUCACAGGCUUCCCGGGAAUGCCUGGAGAAAGUGGUAUGCAGGGUCUUAAUGGGGCACCCGGGCUCCCAGGAGUAAGUGGCCUUCCAGGUACUAAAGGAGAUAUAGGCCAGACACUUGAAAUUCCUGGAAGCCCAGGACCCAAGGGACAACGUGGAGAUUCUGGUAUUGAAGGUGUCAAAGGAAAACAUGGCCCAGUAGGUGAUAUUGGUUUCCCAGGCAAUAAAGGUGAAGAUGGAAAAGAUGGAAUAUCUGGAGAUGUUGGUCUUCCUGGCUCCCCAGGAUUCCCUGGGAUUGCAGGACCGAGAGGACAACCAGGACUCCCAGGUUCUCCUGGUCAUCCAGGAGCAGUUGGACCCUUGGGACCCUCUGGCAUUGUAGGAACUAAAGGCUACCCUGGACUUCCCGGUUUAAGUGGUUUAAAUGGGCUUCCAGGCACUAAGGGUGCCCCUGGAACUUCAGGAUCCAGUAUCACCGGAGUGCCUGGACCCGCCGGCCUGCCUGGCCCCAAAGGAGAAACAGGCUCUACAGGAAUUGGCAUUGGAACCCCAGGGAAAUCGGGGGUGAGAGGACAAAAAGGUGGUCGAGGUUUCCCAGGUCUCCAAGGCCCUGCUGGUCUCCCUGGUGCCCCAGGCAUCUCCUUGCCCUCAGUCAUAGCAGGACAGCCUGGUGACCCUGGGCGACCAGGCCUAGAUGGAGAACGAGGACGCCCAGGGCCCCCUGGCCCCCCUGGGCCUCCUGGCCCCUUCUCGGAUCAAGGCGACUCUGGAGACCCUGGCUUCCCUGGAAUUCCUGGACUUCCAGGACCCAAGGGAGACCAAGGAAUUCCAGGUUUCUCUGGCCUUCCUGGAGAGCUAGGACUGAAAGGCAUGAGAGGUGAGCCUGGCAUCAUGGGGACUCCAGGCAAGGUUGGGCUACCUGGAGACCCAGGACUUCCCGGGAUGAAGGGGAAGGCAGGACCAAGAGGCUUUUCGGGCCCCCGAGGUGCGCCUGGACAUACACCUAUCGCAGAAGCCACCCAGGCUCCUCCUGGUCCAUUAGGCCUACCAGGCAUUGAUGGCAUCCCUGGACUUGCAGGGGACCCUGGGGUUCAAGGUCCUGUAGGUCGACAAGGUUCCAAAGGUUUACCUGGCAUCUCUGGCAAAGAUGGCCCCAGCGGGUUCCCAGGCCCACCCGGGGUUCUUGGCGAUCCUGGUGUCCCUGGACUACAAGGCCCUCCAGGAUUUGAAGGAGCUCCAGGGAAGCAGGGCCCCUUUGGGAGACCUGGAAUACCUGGCCAGAGCGUGAGCGUGGGCUACACAUUGGUGAAGCACAGCCAGUCUGAGGAGGUGCCCCUGUGCCCCCUCGGGAUGAGCCAGCUGUGGGUGGGUUACAGCUUGCUGUUCGUGGAGGGGCAGGAGAAAGCCCACAACCAGGACUUAGGGUUUGCUGGUUCCUGCCUGCCUCGCUUCAGUACCAUGCCCUUCAUCUACUGCAACAUCAACGAGGUGUGCCAUUAUGCCAGGCGCAAUGACAAGUCCUACUGGCUUUCCACCACUGCUCCGAUCCCCAUGAUGCCCGUCAGCCAGACCCAGAUUCCCCAGUACAUCAGCCGCUGCUCUGUGUGUGAGGCGCCCUCUCAAGCCAUUGCUGUGCAUAGCCAAGAUGUCACCAUCCCACUGUGCCCCCGGGGCUGGCGCAGCCUGUGGAUCGGGUACUCCUUCCUCAUGCACACUGCUGCUGGGGCUGAGGGCGGAGGCCAGUCCCUGGUGUCACCUGGCUCCUGCCUAGAGGACUUUCGGGCCACUCCUUUCAUCGAGUGCACUGGUGCUCGGGGCACCUGUCACUACUUUGCCAACAAGUACAGCUUCUGGCUGACAACAGUGGAGAAGAGGCAGCAGAUUGGGGAGGAGGAACCUGUGUCUGAGACGCUGAAAGCUGGACAGCUCCACACUCGGGUCAGCCGCUGCCAGGUGUGUAUGAAAAGCCUGUAAGGCGGCACCAGCGGCUACUCUGGCCUUUGCCCUCCCCUCCUCCUCACAGCGGUCACCUCACAAACCUGAAUGGUCUGAA